ACUAAGGAACACGUUGGGAGAAUUUGUCCGAAAAUCAAAGGUUUAUGGAACCGGCCGUCAGCAGCCGUGGAGAGAAGGGGGAGUCACAGCACCCCUCCAGCUGCUCAGAGGAGGCCUGGGGUGGAGAGAGAGCAGGAGGAGCGGAGCCCAAGGGGCCAGGACUCGUUACAACCGCACACUUUUGUUCCCGAAAAAAUGGAAGGAGCCCGCUUCUUCGCCCGCCAACCCCCUCAACCUCCCGCGGCAGUGAGAGGCCCCAGCCUGGCUUCCCGCAAAAGCAGGCGGCCCGGGCGGCAACCCCGCAGGGGCUGGGCGGAGGCGGGGCGGGCGGCUGGGCGGGGCGGCUCCCGCUGGGGAAGCCCUCCCCGUUCUGACGUCACGGAAGCACCAGCCAACGGGAAGCCAGGGAAGGGGAUUCCCGCUCUGGCUGCCGCGCCGCGGGCCUUUAAAGCAGUGCCCUGGGACCGCUUUCUAGGAGCGCUGGGGAGGCCUGGGGGAAGUGCAGGUUAGAGGUGGGAUGUGCUGGCCUGGCCUCCUAUCUGACGAUUCAAGAUUGUUUGAGACUCGGGCUGCGGCCAGAGGUGGCGGAGGCCCAGGCUACAGUCCUCCGGAGAUGGAGUGGAAACUGGAGCGCACUGCCCCGCGGAGGAUUCGAACAGAAGAAGAGAUGCUGUGGGAGAAUGUCAUGAGGAUGCUUGGAAGAGAUUUGAAGCAGAAAAGGCAAGGUUCUCCCAAAAUAUUUGAUGCAGUUACGACGACAUAUUCCAACUUUAAGAGCAACUUUGUGAAGCGGAUGUCAGCUGAGGUUCCAGUUGCCAGUAGCCCAAUCACCACGAGAUGGCAGCAAAACCAAACCAGCGAUUUGGGGGCCUGUUCCUUUGGGGAGGAGCUUUCACCCACCGACCUCUCGGAAGCCUGUGGAUCUGUGCUGAAGACAGCGCCUGAGACAGAGACCUUGAUUCCAGAAUCAUAUGAAGAACCACUCAAGACCCCUCUCAAAGGAAGUUUGGAAAUGAUUCAUUCUGGUCUCCAUUUUUGCAAGGCGUCUCCUACACUGGACAGAGGCUUGAAGGAAAAUGCCUCAAAAGUUCAGAAAUGUCGAAACCAGUUAUUUUUGAUGCCAAAUGUGGUUCACAGGGCGGACGGGAAGAUGCAGGUCUGUGAGCAAGCCCAGUGUGAUUGGGAAGGCUGUAGAGAUGGAGUCAGAGAUGAGUCCUUCUAUCUUAAAAGGUUCAGUGACCUAAACUAUUCCAUACUCCAGCCAGAGGUGAAGAUUCAUCUUACUGGUCUUCGAAAUGACUACUAUCUGAAUAUCUUAGACUGGAAUCCCAACAAUCUUGUUGCUCUUGGCCUUGGAUCUUCUGUAUACAUUUGGAAUGGGGAAAGCCACAGCAGGAUUGAAAACAUAGAGCUUGGUCUUGGUUGUAACUAUGUAUCUUCUGUAUCCUGGAUCAGAGAGGGAGCCUGCCUGGCAGUUGGCACCAGCGAAGGAGAAGUACAAUUAUGGGAUGUGGUGACCAAGAAGCGACUGAGAAAUAUGCUUGGCCAUUUGUCAGUAGUUGGGGCUCUGAGCUAUAAUCACUGUAUCCUCAGCAGUGGGUCGAGACUGGGUCGUGUUUAUCACCACGAUGUUCGGGCCUCUGAGCAUCACGUGGGAACUCUUCAGCACAAACAAGCUGUGUGUGCUCUGAAGUGGUCACCUGACGGCGAAUUGCUUUCCAUUGGCUGUAGUGAUGGGCGGCUGACUAUCUGGUCCCGUGAUCCAGGUGUGAGUGCACAGGGUCAACCGCUAAAAGUGAUACUCCAACCUACAGCAGUGAAGGCUAUGGAUUGGAGUCCCUGGCAGUCUGCUGUCCUUGCUGUUGGAGGAGGUCUGAAGGACGGACACUUACAUAUCUUGGAUGUAAAUACCGGCCGGAGCACACAGACCCCGAGCACUAAUUCACAGAUUUGUUCUCUAAUCUGGUUGCCUAAGACAAAGGAGAUUGCAACUGGCCAAGGCCCUCCUAAGAAUGAUGUGUCCUUGUGGGCCUUCCCUGCUCUGGGCAGGUCAGCUGGGAUUUUUGGUCACAGGGGCAGAGUGCUGCACCUGGCUUUGAGUCCAGAUCACACCCGAGUGUUUUCUGCUGCAGCAGACGGCACAGCCUUUGUGUGGAAGUGCUGCUAG